CUGAUUGCCUGAUUAGCCUCAUUUUCACGACAUCCAGCCUUCUCUCACAGCUCACUGCUGGCUGUCCCUCGCAGCGUUACGGUGAACCGCUGGACUAUCUUAACCUCCAACCCCUUCUCCCUCCCUUCUCCAAAACCCUAAACCCCCAUCAACCAGCCUACUCCCUCUCUCUUAAACGACGAGGUUAAAAAAUGGAUCUUUUAGCUCUAACAAAGACCUUCCCUUCUCUUGUCGACUCCAAUUUCAGGUUUAAAGUCCCCCAUAACUCCAAUGCAACCCACUUCACCACCAGCUCCUUCCCAAAAAGAUCCAGCAGAAGCAAACUCUCUUCCCCUUCCACCCCCACUCCAUCCACCCUCUCCAACGGCCCCCCCUCCCUCUCCUCCGCCAACCUCUCCGGAAACGCCGCCGGCAACGACGUCCUCCGUCGCCUCGUCCGCAACGGCGAGCUCGACUCCGCCCUCCGCCUCCUCGAGUCCAUCUUCCUCCGCGGCACCGAUCCCCCUGACAUCAUCCCCUGCACCAGCCUCAUCCGCGGCCUCUGCCGCUCCGGCCGCACCGCCGCCGCCCGCCGCGUCCUCGACAUCAUCGAAACCUCCGGCGCCUCUCCCGACGUCAUUACCUACAACGUCAUGAUCUCUGGCUACUGCAAGUCCGGCGAAACCGACGAAGCCCUCAACCUCCUCCACCGUAUGUCCGUCCCACCCGACGUCGUCACCUACAACACCAUAUUCCAAAGCCUCUGCGAGCGUGGGAAGCUCGACAAAGCCUUCGAGGUGCUCGACCAUAUGCUCCACCGAGCCUGCGCUCCAGAUGUCUUCACCUACACCAUCUUAAUUGAAGCCACCUGCAAGGAGAGCGGCGUGGGUCAUGCAAUGAAGCUGCUCGACGAAAUGCGCGCAAAGGGAUGCGCCCCGGAUGUAGUCACCUACAAUGUGGUCAUCAAUGGCAUCUGCAAAGAAGGAAGAUUGGAUGACGCCAUUAAGUUCUUGAACAACAUGCCAUCCUACGGCUGCAACCCUAAUGUCAUCACUCAUAAUAUAAUUCUAAGAAGUAUGUGCAGCACAGGAAGGUGGAUGGACGCUGAGAACUUGUUAUCAGAUAUGGUAAGUAAGGGAUGCAAUCCCAGUGUUGUCACCUUCAACAUUCUCAUCAACUUCUUGUGCCGCAAACGAUUGAUCGGUAGGGCGAUGGAUAUAUUGGAGAAGAUGCCUGAACAUGGCUGCACUCCCAAUUCCCUGAGCUACAAUCCUUUGCUUCAUGGAUUAUGCAAGGACAAGAAGAUCGAUAGGGCUAUUGAGUAUUUGGAUAUAAUGGUUUCAAGGGGAUGUUAUCCUGAUAUUGUGACCUACAACACUUUGCUUACUGCACUCUGUAAGGAUGGGAAGGUUGAUGUAGCAGUGGAGCUGCUCAGCCAGCUUAGUAGCAGGGGUUGCAGGCCAGUGCUUAUCAGCUACAAUGCGGUGAUCGACGGGCUGUCGAAGGUCGGGAAAACUGAUGAGGCUCUUGGGCUAUUUAAGGAGAUGGAAGGAAAGGGAUUGAAGGCUGAUACGAUCACUUACUCUUCGCUUGUAGCAGGACUUAGUAGAGAAGGGAGGGUUGAGGAGGCCAUUAACAUGGUUCUUGAGCUACAAGGUCUGCACAUAAGGCCUACAGCAAUCAUCUAUAAUUCAGUGAUUUUGGGGCUCUGCAAGGCUAGGGAGACAGACAGGGCAAUUGAUUUCUAUGCCUACAUGGUUUCGCGGGGGUGCAUGCCGACGCAAUCGACCUACAUGAUUCUCAUUGAGGGCUUGGUUCAUGAAGGUUUUGGUGAUGCGGCUGUGGAUUUAGUAGGUGAAUUGUAUUCCAGAGGGGUUGUGAAGAAGACCUCAAUGCAGAAUGUGGUUGCUAGGAUGUAGUGUGCUAUGAAGCUUGCCUGCAUUUUUUUUUGGCAUCAGGUAAUUGGCUGUUGUUAUAUAUUAGUUUCAUGAAGAAGAUUACAGCUUAAAAAAAUAUUUUAAGAAUCAAACGAAUUCCCAAUGAUGCAAAGUUUUAUGAUGUAGAUGAUUUGAAUGGCACCAAAAACAUCUUAAUCAAAUUAUGUUGGAUAGCUUGAA